AUGGCUGAAUCGACAACAUCCAAGACGGAAGAUGGUAUUCCAUCGGUAAUGACAGCUGCUCAGCAGAAUAGCUAUGGUGAAGCACGUGAUGUCAUCACUCUCCGAUCGGAUGUGCUUGUUCCUCGGCAACUAUCAUGUAAUCAAGUUCUUGUACGAGUUCACGCCGCUUCAAUCAAUCCGAUCGAUUGGAAAUUGUUAAAUGGCAAUAUGUCUCAUGUCAAUCGAUAUUCGUUUCCUCACAUACCUGGCAAUGAUGUUGCUGGAGUCGUGGUCAAUGUUGGUUCGUCAGUAAAACGUUUGAAAAUCGGCGACAAAGUCUACGGAAAUCUUAGCGGCGAUGGUGGUACCUAUGCUGAAUUUGUACGUGGAAAUGAGUCAAAAUUUGCUCUUAAGCCAAAUAAUUUAACGAUGAUAGAAGCAGCAGCGGUGCCUUUGGCAUGUGAAACAAGCUAUCAGGUAUUGUUCAAUAAAGCAUCGCCUCCUAUUGGACCGGGAAGUAAGGUAUUCGUGUGUGGAGGUGCUACAGCUACAGGUUGGUAUGCCAUUCAAAUGGCCAAAGCAGUAGGUGCUCAUGUGGCAACAACAUCUUCACAAAGGAACUUUGGUUUGCUGGAAAAGCUUGGUUAUAAAAUUGUUCAAGAAAGUGAUGAAACAAAAGACGAUCCACAACAAUUGUUUGUCAUUGAUUACAAUAGCAAAGAUUUUGGCCAAGUACUACAAGAUAAAAAUUAUGAUCUAGUAUACGAUUGUGUCGGUGGUGAACAACAGUGGGUAGCUGCCCAACGGAUACUCAAACGGGGAGGUCAGUUUGUUACAAUAGCGGGUGAUGAUCCAGAAGCUAGUGUUUCAUUGAAAUCGGCGUUAACAAUGGGAACCCAUAUAAUGUCACGAAAAUUGGGUUCCGUCUUCUGUUCGUCACAUCAUUCGUAUAUUUUUCAUUUACUUCAUACAUCCCAUCAAGAAUUGGAUGAUAUACGCACGAAAUAUUUGGAAACAGGCAAAGUCAAACCACUAAUUGAUACAGUUUUUGAUUGGCAAAAAGAUGGCGUCGAAGCAAUUUAUAAAUUAUAUGAAAAAUCAAAGAGUGGCAAAGCACAAGGAAAACUGAUCUUGAAAAUUACUGACGAACAAUAA